CGAUAACCUCUACGAAUAUUUUUCGAAAUUUAUGGCAAAUUGUUCUACGUACACAACAGACACGUCUCUAUAUAUACGCAACGGCAGCAUGAGAUAGCAGGAAGCCGGCACAAGCUCGCUCAGCAGUUUCGACAUCGCGGAACAGGGAUUUUGGUCAGCUGACUUGAGUCGCACGCCAGGCAAGAUGUGGAUUUACGUCGCCUUCCUAUUCGUUAUUUACUUUCUGUACACGUUGCGGAACUACGUCAGGAUCUACAGGUUCAUCUUCACGCUGGACGGACCGAAAACCGUGCCCAUACUCGGCAACGUGAACGCCCUGCUCGAGGGGAACCUGAUGCAGAGGUUGACGAACGAGGCGUCAAAUUAUGGCCGCAUUAUCCGAAUAUGGCUGACGUUCUUGCCGUACGUCAUGAUCACAGAGCCGGAGGACGUUCAAAUGGUGCUCGGCAGCAUGAAGCACACGCGUAAGAUCUACUUCUAUCGGCUACUCGAUACUCUCAUCGGCAAGGGACUCGUCUCGCUGGAGGUCAACAAGUGGAAGCAGCACCGGAAGAUCUUGCAGCCGGCGUUCCACUUGCACAUGCUCCAGAGAUCCGUAGGGACGUUCGGCGAGUGCGCCGAUCGUCUGGCCGACCAGCUGCUCGAGAAGAACGGCGAGGAUGUGAACCUCACAAUGUUUAUUAAUAACUCCGUCUACGAGAUACUGAUUGAGACCAUACUGGGCAUGCCGGCAAGCCAAGGGUACAACAAUGGUGUGGACGACACGCCGUUCAGAAAAGGACAUCUUAUGAUGAUGUACAGAUUUGCGCAGCCAUGGCUGCUGAUCGACUGGAUCUACCGAUUAACAGCGGCCGGCAGGGUGGAGCAGAAACAGCAGAAGGAUCUCUUCGACUUCUGCUUGAAGAAGUUGAAGGAGAAGCGGAAGUUCUUGCGGAAGCACGGUUCCUUCGUGGACAAUGGAGAACCCGGCGCGACGACAAGGAAGAUAUCCUUGCUCGAGUACAUGAUCGAGAUGAACGAGAAGAAUCAUUGCUUUACGGAGCAGGACAUGAUCGAAGAGUGUUGUACCUUCAUGUUGGCCGGCAACGAGUCGGUCGCUACCAGCACCGCGUUCACCCUUUUUCUGUUGACGAACAAUCCCAAAUGGCAAGAGAAAUGUAUCGCCGAGCUGGACGAGAUCUUCGGGGACGACAGGAGGUCGCCCACUAUGCAGGAUCUGAAGGAGAUGAAGUGCCUGGAGAUGUGCGUCAAGGAGUCCUUGAGGCUCUACCCCAGCGUGCCGCUUUUCGCCAGAGUAUCGGGCGAAGACGUGAAGAUAGGGAAGCACAUAAUACCGGUCGGUUGCGGCGUAAUUAUAGUACCGUAUUGCACGCAUCAUUUGCCCCAUCAUUUUCCCGAUCCUUACGACUUCAAGCCGGAACGUUUUAGUCCCGAGAACUCGAAAGGAAGACACCCUUACGCCUAUCUGCCCUUUAGCGCUGGGCCUCGGAACUGCAUCGGACACAAGUUCGCCAUGCUCGAGAUAAAGUCGAUCAUCAGCGCUAUAUUGAGAAAAUGUCGAUUAGAACCGGUACACGGGAAGGAGAUGACACUUAGAUUUCGAAUAACAAUCAGAGCACAAGGCGGAAUUUGGGUAAAAGUGAGGGCGCGCGACAGACGCGUCGAAUCGCAACCGCUAGCUUAACGGAUCGUCCACAGGUUUGCGACUUAUAAAUAGUGGUCCAGUAAGCAAAGAACAUUGAAUUAACGUUUGGAAAUGUUGAUGUUAUGUUGAUUUUAUGUAUUUUUCGAACGAUUUUUAAUAUAUAUUUAAUAUUAUAUUUAAAAGAUGUUCGUAAUGUAACUUUUUGGAAUAGUUGUUAAAAUAUUUUAAAAAUAUAAAAUAAUUGCAUAUAAAAUGUUUUAAAAAUAUAAAAAUAUUGCAGAAAGUAUUUCUUAAGUGUUAUUUUGACCUUUAUUUGAGGUCAAUGCAACAGCUUAAAGUUGCUUAUAACUCGGACUUAGAAAUAACGUUGGUAACAUUAAUUUUCUGUUGUUAUAAUAUUAUUUUUCGUAUUGUUCUAAUGUAUUCGAAUCUCACUGCCCGUCCGCUACUUCAAGAAAUUGUUUAUAAGUUGGGUAAGAAAUACAAAACUAUGGCUGCAUGUUCUUAUGGCUAAGUUCGUCUUGCACGCUCUCGUGCUAAAAGUAUCAUUAUAUUUUCCUUCGGCAUGUAAUGAGUAAUAAAGAAUAAUACUUUCA